AUGUUGAUGGAUUUUGUUUUUAUAGUAGGUGCUGACUUGCUUGGUCUCAAGCCAGUAUCUGCGUCAUCGUUAGCUGCAGCGGCGGCGGCAAGAUCUGCUGAUAUCAAUUCAAAUUCUCCUUCUAAGUUGUCAUCGACGACUCCCAAUCCUACUGUGAUGGAAGAAGCUGCCAGAAAGCGCGAACUUCGGUUGCUGAAAAACAGGGAGGCUGCCAAAGAAUGCCGCCGUAAAAAAAAGGAGUACGUGAAAUGCCUGGAGAACCGCGUUGCCGUUUUAGAGACUCAAAACAAGCAGCUCAUUGAGGAACUGAAAACGUUGAAAGAGUUGUACUGUCGGAAGGCCGACUAA